AUGGACCACGACGCAGCCGUCACAGGCCAGAAGCCUGUCGUGGCCGACUUGCACAACGAACCUGAGCUCGUCCACGAGUCUCAGGAGCGACACAUUCUUGGCGCGAAGCCCGGUGCCGACGCCACCGGCGAUGCCAAGGUCCUGCCCGAGACCUUUGCCGAUGAGAAGCACCGACAAGACAGCCGAGAUGAAGAUGAUCGCUCAGACGACGAGGCAUUGCCUGACGACCUUUUCGUUUCUUUCCCCCCUCUUAAGGGUGUUGAACCUGAAAGAAAUCCUCUUACUGUCCGCGCUGUGCUGAUUGGUAUCGUUCUUGGAUCGCUCUGCAAUGCCUCCAACGUCUAUCUCGGCCUCAAGACGGGCUUUACUUUUCCUGCCACCAUGUUUGGUGCCAUUUUCGGAUAUGGCAUCGUCACCCUUCUCACAAAGGCUUUCCCUCACAUCUCCUUCCUUGGUGGACGCUUUGGUCCCCAGGAGAACUCGAUUGUCCAGGCUGCCGCCACCGGUGCUGGUGGCAUGAGCGGUCUUUUCGUCGCCGGCUUGCCUGCCAUGUACCGACUGAGUCUGCUCUCUGAUGAUCCCAAGGGCGACUUUAGUCGCAUUCUGACCCUGACCAUUGUCUGUGCCCUGUUUGGCCUGUUUGCCGCGGUGCCUCUUCGCAAGUUCUUCAUCAUCAACGUCUCACGCGAGUUGAACCUCGUCUUCCCCUCCCCAACCGCCACUGCUGUCGCCAUUCGCUCGAUGCACUCGGUCUCGUCUGGUGCCGCCGAUGCCAUGAACAAGGUCAAGGCCCUCUUUUAUGCCUUUGCUGGCGCCUUUAUUCACAUCAUUGUCUCCCAGUACGCCGACGGCAUCCUGCACAACUGGCACAUCUUCUCCUGGUUCUACAUCUGGAGCGGCUACACCAACUGGGCCCAGAACAUCGACAACUGGGGCUGGUAUAUCCAGCUAACUCCCGCAUUCUUCGGAUCUGGUAUUCUCGUCGGACUCAACACGGCCCUCUCCUGGUGGGGAGGUACUGUUGUUGCCUGGGGCUUGAUCGGACCUUUACUUGUUCACUAUGGCGAGUGUGAGGGCACUCGUCCGUACCUCCAUGCCAAGGACCCAGUCAUCGCCGAGCGAUGGGGUGUGGUUGCCAGCUUUGGCAAGAUGACGGGCAUUGGCGAACCCGGGUGGAAGGCAUCUCCGCGUUAUUGGAUGCUCUGGCCUGGCGUCAUGGUGCUCCUGGUCUACUCGCUGAUUGAGUUCUUCAUCCACAUCCGCGUUCUCUGGGAUGGCCUUCUCUUUGCUUUCCGCGAAAUGUCGGUCAACAUUGAUGCUGCGCUGAAGAAGCGUGGUAAGAACAGCCCAUUUUUCGAGAAGCAAGCCGCCAAGGUCAACGACGAAAACAGCCUGACCAAGGACUUUGCCACUGCCGAGCAGCAGGUUCCUGUCUAUGUUUGGCUCUCCGGCACGAUUAUCAUGAUGGUUGUCGCCUGCUUCGUCUGCCACUUCCAGUUCCAGAUGAAUGCCGGGUAUGCCAUCAUUGCCUGCCUUCUGGGCAUCAUCUUUGCCUUUAUGAGCAUCUACGGAGGUGCGGUGACGGAUGUCACGCCCUUGACUGCGUCGUCGAAGGCGUCGCAGCUUGUGUUUGGCGGUAUCACCAAGGGCACAGAACAGUCGCAUGCUCAACGCAUCAACCUGAUUGCCGGAAACAUAGCUACCGGAACGGCCGACGUGGCCACCUCUCUGGUCAGUGACUUUCGUGUUGGGUUUCUGCUACAGACACCUCCGCAUCUGCAGUUCUACGCGCAGGGCAUCGGCGCAAUCGUUUCCAUCUUCUUGGCGCCGGGUAUUUUUGUUCUCUUCAUGGCUGCCUACCCUUGCGUUUGGAGACCGGAACUGCAGGACGGCGAGUGUCCCUUUGCUGCUCCGUCGGUUGCCGCGUGGGUGGCUGUCGCGCAGGCCGUGACGGAGCCCCAUGUUCCUAUCCCUCUCAAAUCGGGCAUCUUUGCUAUUGUGCUGGGUGUGUUUGCGGCAUGCCAAGCUCUGUUCAAGAACUUUUACCUGGUGGGCUCUCGCGCAAAGUACCGUGCCUACCUUCCCAACUGGAUGGCGAUUGGCGUCGCGUGGGUGCUGGGACCGGAUUCCGGUUAUGCCAACGCCGUCUUGUUUGGUUCCAUCACGGCUUGGUGGUGGAAAAAGUAUUUCCGCAACAGCUUCGAGGCUUAUGGUUUCGCCAUUGCAGCCGGUCUCAUUGCGGGUGAAGGCCUCGCUGGUGUUAUCAACGCUGCUCUGACACUGGGCGGUGCUUCUGGCGAGGACAAGGGUUCGCCGAUUGCUCUGCCUGGAUCCAAGUGGUAA